AUGUAUGUAUACAAUGAAUGACACAAAACAUGUGAUAAAUAAAUAAUAACUCAUUUGACUCAACAAAAAAAUUUGAUGGUUUAUCACUGAAAUUGAUCCGAAAUAAAACAAACAAACAAAAACAGUGACUACAAUGUCGUCGUCGUCGGCUAAGUGUGUCCGCGAUCGACUACUGGCCAUUGUCGACGACAUUGAACUGAUUGCAAAGGAACUUCUGGAGAUUGUUUUGACACCGAAAGCAUUGCGUCCGACGACACUUGUAUUGGACAACAACCAAUUGGCCGAUCUGUUGGUGGCCAAAGACAAGGAACUGAAGAACGAAUUGUGUGCCGCCAAAGACCAGGAAGAAGUACACAAAUCGAUGGUCGAGUUGAGAGAUGAAGUCGACAAACACGACCAACAGAUCAGACAAUUGCAGCGAAAUCUUAGAGAAGCCGAACACAUAUUGACGACCGCCUUAUUUCAGGCCAAACAUAAACUACAAUUGAUAUCAAAGGUCACACAACAGGCCAUACCAUCGGAAGAGCUGAUACGUUACGCGCAUAAGAUAAGUGCCGCCCAUUCGGUGGCCGCACCGUAUAAUUGGGAAAUCGGUGAUCAACGUAGACCAUAUCCGACGGAUGUCGACAUGCGGGCCGGACUGUUGGCCAGUGCUAACGAUCCGAACAUAACCUCUAAUUUAUUACAACAGCAGUCGCAUCAGCUGAACGCAUAUAACGCCAAUAACAGCGGCGGCGGUGCCGCUACCGGCGCCCAAUCGAACCAACAAGAUAUAGCCCGACCGUCGAGUACGGCCAGUACGUCAAGUAGUUCGUCAUUUGCGUGGGGCGGCGGCGGUGGCGGACACGACAUUAAACCCAACAUUAGCGCAUUGUCUUCCUAUCCGCAUCAUCCAUCACUGGAUGGCGUCAAGCCGUCCAGCAAAGAUGUCGAUGACGUCGAAGUCAUGUCCACUGAUUCAUCCAGUAGUUCAUCGAGUGAUAGCCAAUAGAAGAGGAAGAAGAAGAAGAAACAGAUUUAUCAUUUCAUUAACACAUUAUAUAAAAUCUCUGUUUUUUGUAUUUAUUUAUAAUUUUGUAAUAAAUAUUUUUUUUAAUUAUUUCUCAAUA